UUAGAGUUGGCUAGGCUAGGCUAGUUAGUUACUAAAUGGCUUGGAGUCUGAUUUAAAACAAACUUAGGUGACCGUUUUUGUAACAACGAUGUGUUUUAUCCAGCUAAACCGUAUUCAUACUGAAUGAAUACGUGGUAACGUUAGCUACGUUGGCUAACUAGACAGCUAGCCAUGGUAAAUCCAUUGAGAGCUAACGUUAUAGAGAUACAGUAGUUAGCUGAUGUUAUUUAGCUUAGCUAGUUAAACGUGUUUACUGCUAACUACUAACUACUACCCUCUAUUCAUUUUUUGGAGUUUAAAGAGUGGAGGACAGGACGUGGUUUAAGAGUUAUUAUACUACAGUGGCUUAAUUCGAGCAGAAUCAUGUGGAAAUUGAACUUAAUUCACCUCAAAUCUUUAAGGACUUCAGGCAGAUGUUCCAGGCUCAUUAGGAAUAACAUAUUUUCACCAACUGAAGAUUUCCUAACAGUCUCAUUUUCAAGGGGGCCACAAUGUGCUUCACAUCAAUCUCACCAAACUCUUCUCAAGCCAGUUUCCAAACUUGCUGAGCAGCAGAAAUGUACUUUUAUCACAUCCUCAUGUGGCUUUUCAAGGUCUUCCAAUCCUCAUUUUGCAAAAAGGCUGAAAAUUAAAGAGCCCCCAGCACCCCGCCCUGCAGGGAGAAUGUCUUCUGAGCUCCAGAAGCUCAGUUUAGAGGACUUUAAAGAACCAGGAUCUCAGAACCUCCACAAAAGUGCCCUAAAGGUCAAGACCCCACAGGUCAGUCCCAGAGGAGGUAAAGAGCAUGACAGGGUGUUUGGUGUGGCCCCAUGUUUAAUGGCCUUAAGUCAGGACAGGAGAAAAGCCAUCCGGCUCUUUGUGAAGAACAGCGAAGGACAGCAGAGAGAAGGAGUGCAGAGGAUCUGUGAGGAGGCCCUCAGGCGUGGGGUUCUGAUCCAGCGGGUCAGUAAGAGAGAGCUGGACAAGAUGACUAAUGGAAUGGUCCACCAAGGGGUUUGUCUUCAGGCCAGUCCUCUAGACUUCGUCAAAGAGGAGAAAUCUGAGAGAACUCAGUAUGCUGGACAUCCUCGUCCAGUGUGGCUGGUCCUGGAUGGAGUUCAGGAUCCAAUGAACUUUGGGUCCAUUCUGCGCUCGGCCUACUUCCUCGGAGUGGACAGAGUGGCCAGUAGUGUUCGGAACUGCUGUCCAUUAACCCCAGUGGUGAGCAAAGCCAGUUCUGGAGUGAUGGAGCUCAUUAAAGUGUAUGGCUACAACAACCUAGCUGAAAUGAUAGAGGUGAAACUUAAACAGGGUUGGCAGGCGAUUGGCACUGUUGGGUCUGAAGAGUCCAGGCCUGGAGUUUCUGUAGUGUCGUGUUCUGACUUCAGGAUAACCAAACCUACGCUGCUGCUGAUGGGUGGUGAGGGUUUUGGUCUGUCUCCUGAACUGCGUCAGCUGUGUGACGUCUUGCUCACUAUCCCUCCCAGAAGUGGUCUGCACCCUGCUGUGGACUCGCUCAACGUUUCUGUAGCUACAGGCAUUCUCCUGCACUCUCUCCUCUCAUCACGCGGAGGUAGCUGAUGUUGAUGAUGAUAAAGAUAAUGCUAGUUUAUUUACUCGGACUGCCUCUCAUUUGCUUCCUACAGCGCUUAAUGACUGGAUUAGUUCAUCAAUUAGCCAUCAACGAGCCCGAGAGGACCCAUUGAUCGCUGGGCGAAGACCAGACUGGACUGAUUGCUCAUUUGGCUGGCUGUUUUACUGGAUCUGUCAACUGUCAAAUGUUGAAUAGAAAAUGGUGGGAGAUUUAUUUCCAGUAUUAGCUAGAAACUUGCACUUAAACACCAGUGUAAAAUAUUUUGUUGUCAAAGAGGUAAACAUAAAAGUAAUGUGUGUUCUUUUAAAGCUUUGUAAGGAAAAUAAA